UCUAUCUCAAUCUCAAUUCUCAACAUAUUCCAGAUAUGUAUUCUUCAAAUAGUUCCCUCAAUGGAAAUAACCUAGCAUUUUCCUCUAAAUCACCUUUUUGUUCAUUUGAAAGCAACUCAACUUCAUCAAAAGAUAUUGAAAACAGUCAUUCCCCCUUUCCUCUUCCCAGUCCUUUCUCUUUCUUUCAAUUCCCUAAUUAUCCUGAUGAUGAUAUUGAUCCCUUUCAAGACAGCCAUCAAAUCUUCCUCCAACAACAUGAUGUUGAUUUCCAACUUCAUCAUCCACCUGUUGUCAUGAAUAACAACAGUACUGAUCAUCAUCAGCGGCCUUCCAAUUCAACAAUCAAAGCUAACAACAAUCUUCUUCCUGCAGCUGCUGGUAAAGGCAAAACUGUAGUGGAUCAGCAGAUCCAAAGAAAAAGAUCUAGCAAGAGAGACCGACACAGCAAGAUCAAAACCGCGAAAGGACUAAGAGAUCGGAGAAUGAGAUUGUCACUUGAAGUUGCAAAGAGGUUUUUUGGUCUUCAAGAUAUGUUAGGCUUUGAAAAAGCAAGCAAAACAGUGGACUGGUUGCUCAACCAAUCCAAACUUGAGAUCAAACUCCUUGCAAGAGAGAAAAAUGUUAAUUUUCCUACUAAGAGUGCAUCUUCAACUUCUGAAUGUACUGAAGGAGUUUCAAGCUUGGAUAAUGAAGUUGGAAAUCAAGAAGAACCACAACAACAAAAACUUGUUAUGAAGAGAAGAAAUAGUACUAACAAGGUUUGUAGAAAGAGUGCAUUCAAUUCUAUAGGUAGAGAAAAAGCAAGAGAAAGGGCAAGAGAAAGGACAAAAGAAAAAAGGAAGGCUAGAACAUCACUAGUUGAUGAAUCAAAUUCAAAGCAAUACAAUGAAGAAGGAAUAAAAACUAACCUCAUUUGGAACCCCUUUGAAAGUGUGGAAGAAUCUGCAGGUACACAUCAGAGUACUCAAGGUGUGACUCAUCCUUCCUUUGAUCAUGUGAAGCUGAUUGAUGAGGCUGAAGUAGAAACAAGCUCUCAAAAAGCAAAGGAACAACAUUCAGAUGAAGAUAAUUCUUUGUUCAUUAUGAGCAAAUGGAGUCCACCUAUGAUGUUCAAUUCUCUCAAUAACCUUCAACAACAUCAAUUUGAACAAUUUCACCAAUCCAUGGAAAAACCUUGGGAAGCAUACAACAACCGCAUUUAAUUAACAUGCUACCGUACUUGCACCCCUUAUCAUCACCUCCUCCUUUUUGUGUCAGUCAGGCUCAGAAUAAAAUGCAUUAUGCAUUGCUGUGUUAUUUCUUUGCUUUCCUUUUUGGAAUGUUAUGUGGUGAGGUAUCUUCAGAAUUUUGGAAACAAUAUUUCAUAAAUAUUGUUGUGUGUGUAUGUCAUCUCUAUUUAAAGUGUUGCCACUUUCUUGUUUGUUUCUGUUCUGAGUUCUGACCUUGAAAUUGGUACAAGUUUACAAUUUAUAUAUGUGUCUCUUGUAAGGGGUAUUUUUAAUUGAUGAUAAAGAAAAAUAACUGAUUGAUUUUUCUCCCUA